AUGGAGUACUUUGGAAAGAAAGCCCGGCAGAGCCGUGAGGCCAUAGCCACAGACACCACCCUUCAACGCACAGUGCGUUAUGGUGAAAAGGCUAUCCGUGCUGCUCCUUCAGUUGCGGGACAGUACCUCCUUGAAAAAGCCCCAAUUAUUCAAUGGCUUCCAAAGUACAAUCCAAGAUGGCUUCUGAACGAUACGCUGGCCGGAAUCACUGUCGGCGUACUGCUGAUUCCUCAGUCACUGGCAUACGCAAAGAUUGCCACCAUCCCUGGGGAGUUUGGCCUCAUGUCUAGUUGGCUACCCAACUUUCUCUACCUGGUCAUGGGAACCUCGAAAGACCUUUCGACCGGUCCGACGUCGCUCAUGGGUCUGUUGACAGCCGAGAUCAUCGCGGAUACCGUUCAAGACGGAUACACACCUCAGGCAAUUGCGUCCGCCGUCGCCAUGUCUGUUGGCAUAUACUCCAUGGCGCUCGGUUUGCUCAAGCUGGGCUUCCUGCUAGAGUUCAUCUCUGUGCCUGUCCUCAGCGGCUUCAUCUCGGCGGCAGCCAUUGUCAUCAUGCUUGGCCAGAUUCCGUCGCUGUUUGGAAUCAAAGUAGGCUCUGGCACAGCCAACAUCAUCCAUGACCUCUUUGCCAAAAUACCACAAUACGACGGCCCCACUUGUGGAGUUGGUCUGGGAGGUCUGUUGCUGCUCUACCUCAUGCAGAAGAUGGGUCAGCGCUGGGGAAAGAAGAACAAGGCCAUCUGGCUACUAGCGCUUGGUCGCAGUGCCAUUGUCCUCGUUCUCUUCGCCGGCAUCUCAUACGCCGUCAACAAGGACAUUGAUCUGGAGAAUGACGAUCCUGUCUGGGCACUCAGCAAGGUUCAGUCUGACGGCAUCGCGAAGCCCCGCAUGCCUGACUCGGCACUCAUCAGCAAAGUCUUUGCUCGGUCUAUUGCACCCUUCAUCGCUGCUGCGCUGGAGCAUCUUGCCAUUGCCAAGGCAUUUGGUCGAAAGAACGGCUAUGUGACGGAUGCUGCACAAGAGCUCGUCUACCUCGGCUUCACCAACUUCUUCAAUGCUUUCUUCUCAUCCAUGUCGGUUAGUGGCGCAAUGUCUCGCACAGCAGUCAACUCAGAGUCUGGUGUCAAGUCACCCACCUACGGCCUAGUCGCUGGUGGUGUGGUCAUCUUGAGUAUCUUCAAGCUUUCACCAGCACUGUACUGGAUUCCCAAAGCCACUCUCGCUGCCAUCAUCGUCACUGCAGUUUGGCACAUUGUCGUGCCUAUCCGAGUCUUCUACGGCUAUUGGCGCACCUCGCUAGUUGACUUUACCACGUCCAUGCUCGCUUUCUGGCUCACGCUGUUCGUGUCGUCUGAAGUCGGCAUCGGCACGGCGGUUGGCUUCAACAUUGUCUACCACCUCCUCUUCAUGGCCUUCCAUCGCAUCCGGCGCAUCAGAACCGUCGAGGUCGAGUCAAACCACCGGCCUGCCGGUGCACAUGCUGUGCCCCUCGACACCCAAGUCUUCAGCAUCAACCAGUCGAUGCUGUUCUACAACGCAUACCACAUCAAGAACCAGUGUCUUGACGACGUCCAAACCUACAACUCUGGUGAUGUGGCUACGCUCGAGGCCGCCCACGCAAACCGCAACUGGAGCGUUGCUGGCAAAGACCGAGCUGCGCGUCUGCGCUCCAAAGCAGACAUUCUGGAUGAGCCCGUGCAGAUCCGCAACGUCGUCCUCGACAUGCACGCCAUGCACAACAUCGACACCACGGGCCUUACAGCGCUCAAAGACCUCAAAGCAGACAUUGAAGCCUACGGCGGCAAAAACACCCAGCUAAGGCUUGUAGGUUUGAACGGGCGUGUGCGCGAGCGCUUUGGCCGCUUCGGAUGGCCCUUGCGCGACGCUAAUGACGGCAGCAGUGGUGGUGACAGGAAAGCCACACUUGUCUAUGAUUCACUCGAGGAAGCCGUGUUUAGGAGGGUGCGCACCCUAUCGAGCGAUGAGAUUACCGUCGAGCCCGUUGAAGUGCAUGUUGUGGGUGAUGAGAAGGAGAAGGUGUGA